AUGGCUGCCACAUCUCAGGCCGCAGCAACAGUCUACAAGCCGCCCGAGUCUAGGGAAGGGACUGUCACUUCUUGGAUCCCGCUCAUCACGCCCUACUCAAUCCUUCCAGAGUGCACAUCUGCUCUCAUGCGGUGGGAUCCUUCCGAAGCCAUCAUUGCAUAUGACCCUGGGUUCGGCAUCAGCGUGGAUCGGAGGUCUCAAUGUGGGCCCAAAGCGGUCACAGCGUGGUGGGAUCAGGAUAGAUUAGGUCCCAACAUCGAGACCAUCACGAGUAUCGGACCUCUUCUCACCUGCCCUGAACCAUUUGUACAGAUGACUACGUCUGUGUUGGACGCUUCCAGUACGCUUGUGGGUUGCUGCCCGUCGGACUACACAUUCCGUACAUGGAAGCCCCCCGGUUCCAUCGGCCAGUGCUUCAGCAUGGUCAGCCCAGGUGCCGUUUUCACCUUCUACGAGGGGUUCAGCGGUUGGAAGAAGACCAACCUGUCGUUCAGUGAGACCUCAUCGAUUGUCGCAGUUCAUGUGAACGGCUGGACUUUUGCCGAGGAGACAGGUACGCCAGACUCCCCCGGGCAGGCAGAAUCAACAUGCGCUCCAGGCAACGGAGCGCUCGGCAACGGGGACAUCAUCGGCAUCGGCGUUGGGGCAGCGAUGGGGUGCAUCGGUGUUAUGACACUAGCCGCCGGGCUGAUCAUGAUGCGCAGAUCGAGGCGAGCGAGACGGACACCAGUCACAACAUUGACAACAAUCGAAGCACCAAAAGGCACGAGCGUAUGGCGCGAAGGCAGAUACGGGAGAAGAUCUGGCCUGGAUGCUGGAAGCUUACAUCAACGGCAUGAGCUGGAUCAGGGGCCGCCAGGCGAGCUACACGGUGAUGGUCCAUAUACAAACGGCGUUCCGACAGAGCUGGAGUCUCGGAAUUAG